AUGGAUCUUGCCAAUACGCUCUCGGCUCCUAAGUCGGCCAUCAUCACACCUGCCGAUACGCCCGCCUUGUCACAUUCCAACUCAACCUCAUCCGACGGCUACUUCUGUUCCACAACGGUACUGAAGCGCUCGCCACAACGGGCCCCGUUGUCGCCGGCAGUUGACGAGCAGCCCAAAUGCUCUCUCCCGUCUAUUUCCACUCUGCUCAAGAAUGCGGAUAGCCAGUCCAUAUCCAAGCGUCCUCGCCUCAGCAUCCCGUCUCAGUCUGCCCAUCUAGAUUGCUCCCAGUCCUAUAACAUCUGCAUACCCCCAACACCGCGAUUGCGACCAGGCUCUGGCAUCCAGAGUCACAGCAACUCGCUUGGCGAUGAGUGCCUGAAGCGCGACCUGAACCGCCCAAUCGCCUUGGACCACUCCAUCUCCAGCCAGGCCUCCACCCAUCCGGCCGCCAGCACCUACGACUCGCUUGCGCCCAGUACGUUGUCCUACUCCUCACCAAUCGACAGCCAAGCCCAGUCAUCAGCAGGAUUGUAUUACCCGCGACCACCAGCAUCGGCAACCUUCCAGCCUCCGUCAGCCGUUACGGCCCCCUUUCAUCAAUCCCAGCUAUCCUCCAGUUCUUUUUCAUUUAUGCCGCUUAUCUCCCCCGUUACUCCCACGUGGCAACACCAGGACUCCCCGCCCUCCAGGAGCGCGCCGUACCAGCAGAACCACGAUCGCUCGCGCCCUUCCUCUCUGCGCAUCUACAGCAAUACGCACACGGGGGAGAAACCCUACCGCUGCACGCACGCCGGCUGCGGGAGGACUUUCACGGUACCCAGCAAUGUAAAGCGGCACGAGCGCAACUGCCACUCUGGUAGACCUGCUUGUUCGACUGCGGUUCCGACGUUUGUUUCAUAA